AUGCGGACAUCAUUUGAUGUGUCCUUGAGCUCUGAAAAUGGAAGUUUCACUUGGCAAGAUGAUUAUACUCAGGGCACUGUUGCCCAGGAACUUGAAAAUAUCCCAAAAAUCCACCAGUGGCACCCAGAAUCUUUAGCAAGUGAUGGAGUCAACUCAAUCAGGACUUCAAAGUCAAAGGUUGAUAAUAAAAGGCCAUCUACACUGGAAGAGGAUAUCAAUUUGGCCAAGACUCUUCAGCAAUAUCUCAAAUACCUGAAGAUUCUCGCCCAUGCCUCCACUCCCAAUGUAUAUCCCUGGAUUAAGAAUGACAAGGCUGCUGUUCAGAACAAUAUUUUCCCUGAACGUCUACUAAACUACAUUGUUCAGAAGACCAGAGGAAAUAGCCAUGAGCAGGCCUAUGUCCCCAUAUCUCAUCCAAAUUAUCCCGAUAAUCCCUCCUUGAGGGCCUUCAGCCAAAUCCAGCCGGACACAUUCUCCUACAACCUGGACCCAGAUUUCGACAAACAGAAUCUGAUUGCUGCUCUCAAGGCCUACAUGGCUCAGAAUGCCAUAGAGGAGAACUCUGACAAAGGCCCCAGUGGCAGGACUAGAGAUGGCCCUCAUUUCGGUAAUCGAUUUCUUUCGCCAUACAAUGAAGCCUUCUCCAAAGAGGAGGAAAUGAAUGUGAAGGCAAAGCCACUUUUCCUCCUACAAACAGGACUGAGAGAGCUAAGACCUGGCUCUGGAAUGUCAGUUCAAAAAUUAGUUUCUGUGCCUGGGGAUGCCAAGGACUCUUUGAAUACACUGGAUGAAACCUUGAUUCAAAAUGUCCUGACGGACUUGAGGAAACAAAGAGGAAAUGUGGACAGUCUGAGUCCCCUGGAGCUGGAAAAGAUGGCUGAUGUGAUCACAGAUGCCAUGCAAAGUUCAAAUACAGAAGAAGUGCCAGGAAUUGUGGGAGCUGAGGCUGAAGGAGAACAAAGGGAACAAGAAAUGAAAGGGAUCAACAGUCCAGAAUCAAACGACUACCAGAAUGGCUUGAUGGUUGAAGAUAAUUUACAAGGUAACAGAUUGCAGGAAAGUGAUGAUGGAAUUGAUGAGAAGGUAAAAGGUUUAAAUACCCAAUUGGUGGGCCUUAAGAAUGAGCAGGAUACUCAACAUCUACCUGAAGGACCUCCCUCUGAAAAGCCCUUUAAAACAGAGACCAAGAAAUCAGAAGAUACCGAAUCUUCCUUUUCCUCUGAAGAGGAGAAUGUUGGGGUUGAAAAUGUGAAAAGUGAGACCUAUUCCCAAGAACUGACAGCAGAGAAGAAACCAAAUGCUGACCUUGAUGCCAAUGAAUUUGUGGAGUUUCAGGACUGGAUGCAGGGUGAUCUGAAACAAGAUGAAAAACUCUCUGAAGGACCACCCAAAAUUCCUGGGGAAGGCCUACAAUUAGAAGUGAAGUCUUCUGAUGAGGAAGAAUAUGGCUACAUUGUGACAGAAAUAGACCCCCUGAGUGUGGAGAAAGGGCAGAAGUUGAUCAAGGAUGUGGCAUAUCUACUGAAGUUGCCUCCAACCGCCAUUGUGGAUGUCAGUGUGCUGGGACCAGCAGUGACCUUCAAAGUGAGCUCCAGUUUCCAAAACAUGACAACUGCAGAUGUUGCAAAGGCAGCAGGUAAGGCCAUUUUGAUGCACAUGCAAACACAUGUGCCAGUGGAGAGAAUGGUGAGCCAUAAAAACAGGCCCCAUAGAAAAGGCACACUUUCCCUGCUCAGAUUGACAUUUAAUGAAGGAGACAGUUGA